AUGGCACCUUUAAGUCACUCUUCUGUAGUUCUUAUUACCGCCUCAUCGGCAGGGCUAGGUGCCGCUACAGCUCGGCUCUUUGCUUCUCAUGGUAUUCGCGUUAUCAUCAAUUAUUAUUCCAGUCAUGCAAAAGCGCAAAGUCUUGUUGAUGAAUUGGAAGAUCUUGAACGGAGCAAGAUGCCAAAUGAUAAUGAAAAUGGAAAGAGAAUUACAGCCAUAAAGGCUGAUAUGUCGAAGAAAGAUGAGGUAGAGAGAUUGGUCAAGGAGAGCAUAGAGCAAUGGGGACGAUUAGAUGUUGUCGUAUCGAACCAUGGCUGGACUCAAAUACGUAACUUUCAAGAUCUCGAUGAUAACGUCGUCGAAGAAGAUUGGGAUCGUUGUUUUAAUAUGAAUGUAAAGUCACAUUUAUGGCUUUUUCAUGCUGUGAAACCAUACUUAGAAAAGACUGAUGGAAGUUUUAUAUCCACUGCUAGUAUUGCAGGGGUAAAACCUGGUGGGAGUUCUAUGGCAUAUUCUGUAACGAAAGCUGCUCAGAUACAUCUCAUUAAGACAUUAGCUAUCACAUCAACAAUACGUGUGAAUUCCGUUUCACCGGGAUUAAUGCUUACGGACUGGGGACUCCAAUUUCCCGAAUCAAAAGUAGAAGCAGUGAAAAAGAAGAGUCCAUUAGAAAGAGUUGCCACCGUUGAAGAAGUUGCUAGACAAAUAUACUGUUUAGCCGAGAGUGAGAGUACUACUGGUACAAAUUCGAUCAUUGAUGGUGGUAUUCAUCUGGGGAAGUAG